AUGGCGUCUGCACUACCUCGUCUGCCGGUUUUUGAGGCCAUUGCUCGACAGGAGCCCAAUUCCACAGCGGUCGUCCACUCUCUCUCCGGACGUCGCUUCCAGUAUGGCGAGCUCUUGGGUGACAUUCGGAAGACCCGAAACCGCCUAGUCGAAGCCUCGGGAAAGUCCGACCUCAACGGAGAGCGCAUUGCAUUCAUGGUCGAGAACAGCUACGACUACAUCGUCACUCUGCUGGCCAUCUUGGCCGCCCGCUCGAUAGCCGUUCCUCUUUCUCCUGCUUUCCCGGUUCCCGAGCUUCAGUACAUUGUCGAUCACAGCGAGGCAGCGCUGGUGCUCUCGUCCGCCAAGUUCCAGCACAAAAUCAAAGACCUCUUGGCCGUCGAUCUGGUGUCCAAACCGACGUAUGUAGAUCUCGCAAAGCACCUCGGUGGUGCGCCUCACGAAGCUGUCGAGCUGGACGCCGAGCUGGACGCUGGAGGUGCUGGCAUCAUGCUGUACACAUCGGGAACGACGAACCGACCGAAAGGCGUGCUGAUCCCUGAGCGUGUGAUGACUGCACAAGCGAGCUCCCUGACAAAGGCGUGGGAGUACAGCUCUUCGGAUCACUUUCUCCACGUUCUCCCCCUGCACCACAUCCACGGCACCAUCAACGCGCUGUACACGCCUCUCUUCACCGGCGGCUCCAUUGAGUUUCUCUUCCCGUUCAACGCCGAUGCGGUAUGGAACCGGUUUGCGGCACCUUUCCUGCCACGACAAGAUGGAGCAACGGACUCUGCGUCAGAGCCGAUAACUUUCUUCACCGUCGUGCCUACAGUGUAUAGCCGACUGCUGGCCACGCACAAGGCCCUGUCUCCGCAGAUGCAAGCAGCCACGUGCAAGGCCAUCUCGCCAGAGCACCUGCGCCUCAGUAUCUCUGGAUCAGCUGCCCUGCCGUCGCCAGUCAAGAAGGCCUGGGAAGACCUCUCGCACGGAAGCGUGCUGCUCGAGCGGUUCGGCAUGACCGAAGUCGGUAUGGCGCUGUCAUGCGGCCUCGAGAAUGCGGAUCGCGUCGACGGCAGCGUCGGAUGGCCGCUGCCCUCUGUGGAGGCGCGGCUGGUGGACGUCGAUACCGGCAAGGUGAUCGAGCCCGGCCAAGAGGUAGACCCGGAGACCGGCCGGGAGCGUGCUGGCGAGAUCCAGCUGCGGGGGCCUACCAUAUUUGCAGAGUACUGGCGCAACCCCAGCGCGACGAGCAGCGAGUUUGCCGCGGCAGCCGAACCCGGUGGCAAGGCCUGGUUCAAGACCGGCGACGUGGCAGUGAGACGGCCGGUGGCUGGCGCCGGAGCUGCACGCGAAACGAGGCCUUCACAAGACUGGACCGGCCGUGGUGACAUGUACUUCAUCCUGGGCCGGCGCAGCGCUGACAUCAUCAAGUCCGGGGGCGAGAAGGUAUCCGCACUGGAGGUGGAACGGGAAUUGUUGUCGAUCCCAGCUGUGGCAGAGGCAGCCGUAGUUGCCGUGCCGUCGGGCAAAUGGGGACAGAAAGUCGGUGCUGUCCUCGUGAUGAGCGACGGCGAGAAGCCAUGGACGGCUAUGGAUAUGCGACGCGCAUUGAAAGGCCGACUGGUCAACUACAAGAUUCCACAGCUACUGCGGCUGGUCGAGCAGAUCCCGCGCAACGCCAUGGGCAAGAUCAACAAGAAGCAGCUCGUAGCCCAGGUGUUUCAAGACGACUUCAGCGGCGACGAGGCAGGACCUACAGUAGUGCCGUCACCCAAGGGACAAUGA